AUGGCGGCUGACGGAACGGUUCAGCUCACCAUCGUUUAUGCUGCAUCGGGAAGCUUCUUGACGUCUCUGGCAUGGCCCGCGGCGGCAUCGGUUUCAAGCUUGCAGCGGGAGCUGCAGAAGCACACCCCAACAGGAGCUGUAGGUGACUUGCUGUCGACCACAGGCCCUUUGGCGGGGGAGAAAACCCUAUCAGAGUUGGGUAUCACGACCGGUGCUGUCUUGGAAGCCGUGCUGACUUUUGACCCGUCGCCGAUGUACCUCGUAAACCCCGAAGUGACGGAGUACCUGCUCCUCUUCCGGCACGACGCUUCCAAGAAGUGGGUCUACAACAUGGACAUCGCGCCGGCAGAAGCGCAGAGAGUCGUUGCCGACAUGCGGCCCGUUUCGAGCGGCUUUCCUGGCAUCCCAAUCGUCCUCAGCAGACCCGGCGAGAAUCCUCUUGAGGCCUGCUACCAAGCCUUGGGCCUCCACCAAAGCCUCCGGAAGCACAUGUCGCAGACCUGGAUCCCGAAAAUGACCAGCCGCGAACUGCACCGGGCGAUCGUCGGGCUCGACUCUGACGGCGAUGACUGGGAAACCGAUCUCGGCGAUCUGUCAGAGCUCUUCAACGAGUCGCUCCGGAAGCAGUUCCGCGUGGUGAUCAAGCAUUUCGCAAUGGGCAGCAGCAUGUACACCUCCGUCCUCGGUGGCUAUACAGCCGAUGACUCCAUCGUGGGUUUGCUUUGUGUUUGUUCAUCAGCUAUCGGGAUCUAG